AUGGAUUCAACGACAAUACAAAUGCAGACUGGUGCACACUGUAUUGCAUCCAUCAUUACAUAUGUAGCAGAUUACCUGCUGGGUCCCAACUACAACCGCAUGGUGCUAUUCGGUGUCUACCUCUUAAUUUCGAGUAGAGCACUGAUAAAGGGUGAUUCUAGUAGAGCAUACGCUCUUAUUAGUCUGAGCAGCACUUUAUUCGCACUCAUAGGUCCUUCGCAGCGUUGCUUUACGAAUUUCUUCGGAUUCCGACUGUUCAUGAAACAUGUUUUUACCCCUGCCCUAGGCUCCAUUGACUACCGCCCUACAGACAAAAGCACUAUUCUUGAUAUUGUAUACGGCCCUUUGCCUUUGGGUGGGUAUAUCUGCACAUUUUGGCUUACUCGUGCUGUGGAUCUCUAUGGAGGGUCCGUUGUCUAUUUCCUGACAGACCCUAAGGUGUUGCCCUGGGUGAUAUCUUUUUUUCUCGCUGGGAACUAUUUCAAUGCGCCCAUUGUCAUAACAGACUUUAUGAAGGUCUUCGAAAGUUCCGCUGCAACUCAACUUGCCUACGUUGUGUCGAGAUUGCCCGAUGGACUUGCUAUUCUCGCUGCGCAACUAACGAGCCUCUUUGAGCAGGCAGAUUCAGUUUGGGCAAAGAAGGAGGUCGCAAAGCAAAACGCGAGCGCUACUCUUUACGAGUAUGAAUCACUUACAAAUCCGCGUCAAAUACGCUUGCUGAAGAUCUUGAGGAGAAAACCUGGGUGUGGUCUCCAAUGCGAACUCGUUCACGUCGAACUCGAGGACCGGCCAUCCUUUGAGGCAAUCUCUUAUACCUGGCAAGGCCAAAGCUCUACAGAGAGCAUUAUUGUUGAUGACAAAAGGCUGGCGGUGACCCCCGGGGUUCUGGAAAUUGCGAAGUAUCUUGGUUCAUUUUAUGAACCGAGAUAUAUUUGGAUUGAUGGUGUUUGCAUAAACCAGCAAAACCUGGAUGAGAAGAACGUACAGGUGCCUUUGAUGAAGGAAAUUUAUCUCCAAUCAUAUCGUGUGAUUCUGUGGCUAGGACCUCAGUAUCAGGUCAAGGAUGCCCACCUCGCGCGGCGGCUAUUGUGUCAGCUGGUAUAUGGCAAGGUCGAGUAUGAUGCCGACAGACGCAAGUUCUUGGAAGGUUUGAGGAAGAAAAGAGAUCCAGGACUGUUGGCAGCAGUCAAAUUAUUCUCACAUCCUUGGUUCAGCAGAACUUGGGUUUUGCAAGAGAUGGCACUCGCGCGCAAGCUUGCUAUGGUUUAUGGAACAAUCUGUUUGGAUUGGCCGCUUGUCGAUUCUGGUAUUCAGAUCAUGUUGGAUCCAUACACUGUAGGAUUUACUCAGAUGGAACACCGCUUGAUCGGAAUCACGGGCAUGGAACUCCGGGAACGGUUUCGUAAUCUUAAUACUGCUUGGUUUAUGACGGUCGUCCGACAACAUGUUCAGUCAAAACAGAGAGUGUCAUUGGGUUUGCUCCUUGGGAAGUCCAUCACCCUCGAGGCUACGGACUCAAAAGACAAAGUCUUCGCGCUGCUAGGCUUGAUUACACUCGAUCUUUAUCAAAAUUACACCCCUGAUUACAAAACACCAAUUGCGGACGUCUAUCUCGACGUGAUGUGCCGGCUUUUGGGCAGUAAAGAUCCAUCUGAUGGAAGGACAGCACUUCAAUUUGCUGGUAUUGGAUAUGCUAGAUCUGCUGCACUGGAAGGGCAGAACAUCCCAUCCUGGGUGGCGGACUGGAGCUGCGACGCCCCUGGCCGAGCACUUCGCCUUGAGGCAGGAUUUAGCAUUCCCGAUGAUGCUCAGGAAAUGGUCUAUGUUAGGUCUCGUUCUUACGAUGAUAAGAGGCUGCUCGGAUUACAGGGUGUAGUGAUUGACAUAAUACGUUCGCUCGGGUCUGCGUUCGAUGUUUCCUCGGUCACCGGAGACGUCGACGAGUAUACGGGACGCCUCAAAGCCUGGCUACACGAAGCUACUGACAUGAUAGGGAAACAGCUUGGUUCGCUAGAAUUUCCAUCUUCCCUCGAACGGAACAUAGAAAAGACCUUGUUAUCUUUUCUAUUAUCCAAGCGUUCAAGCAUUGAAGCAGACAUUGGAUUUAAACCGAAUUCAAUUGCCUACUGGAGAAGUUUGGGGGAUGGAGACCAGAUUACAAAUUACCUAGCUCAUCUCUACGAAGGUCAAACCAAGAUCGAAUCACUUGGUGCUGCAAUGGAGUUUGUUAAUUCUACCGAGAUAGCUGGGAAACGGUUCUGCAUCACGCAAAAAGGCAGACUAGCACUCGUGCCACCUCUUGCCCAGGAAGGAGACAUACUUUGUACCGUUGUCGGCAUGGAAUUACCGAUUGCGUUUCGUCGGGACAUUUCCGAAAACGCACUACCCACCAAACCUUUUCAACUGGUUGGCUCUUGCAUAUUAGAUAAUAUUAAGGAUGAAGCAAUAGGGGUGGAGCCACAGUGGAUCAUUGUCGACUGA